CGGGUGCUCCACCAACAGCCCGCCCAAGCCGCCGCCAACAACCAGACUUACUAACACAUGCCACGCACACUCUCUCACUCUCUUCCCCCCUUUUGGGAAAACGGAAAAGGAAACGAAGCGAGGCCGAAAAGCAAUGAGGUAAGUAAGCAAGGAGGAACUAUCUCCAUCGGCGAAACCCCCGAUCUGCACCAACCGAGCGGGGCUUUCUAGAAGGAAAAAAGAAAUACGGGGGAAAUUGAGAUAAAAAAGUAAAAUAAAAUAAAAAUAAAAAUAGAGGGGGACGGGUAGACAAGGCUUUAUUUUGUUGGUUCGCAUUUCCCCUCUCUGCUCCCCGCGAGAAAAAAAAAAAGAAAGGAAAAAGAAAAAGAGAGAAGGGGCAAGAAACAGCAUGUCCACCUCACCGACGACCGAGUUCCAGCAGUGGCACGUCACGGAGCCCUUCCUGCACCUGCGGUGCGGGCUCGGCGAGGGGCCGUACUACGAGGCGGCGACGCACCGGCUGCGCUUCGUCGACAUCAAGAAGAAGCGGGUGCACAGCGUGGACCUGUCGCGGCCGCUGGGGGACCCGCGCGGGUACGACGCGGACGAGCCCACGACGACGACGGCCACCGCGACGGCGACCGGCGGCGGCGGCGGGGGGCUGCCGCCGUCGCCGACCGUGGAGACGAUCCAGCUCGACUGCCCGGUGACGGUGACGGCCGACAUCGAGGGCGUCGACCCGCGCGAGCGCUUCGUCAUCGGCGCCAAGUACGGCAUCGCCGCGCUCGACCGCCGCACCGGCGAGUACCGCUACGUCGCGCGCUUCCGCGGCGCCGCCGAAGACGACGACGAGCGCCUGCGCAGCAACGACGGCGCCGUCGACCCCCACGGCCGCUUCUGGCUCGGCACCAUGACCGACAUCGGGCUCGACCUGCGGCCUGAAGGCUCCGUCUACCUGUUCGACGGGACGCGCACGGCGCGGUCGAUGCGGCACCCGGUGACGAUCCCGAACUCGGUGGGGUGGUCCCCGGACAAGCGGACGCUGUACUUCACGCACUCGACGGAGCGCGUCAUCUUCGCCUUCGACUAUGCCGCGGGCGCCGCCGCCGCCGGGGCCGGCGACGACGACGUCAUCGCCAACGAGCGCGUCUUCUACCGCCACGACGGCCCCGGCGAGCCCGACGGCUUCCGCGUCGACGUCGACGGCAACCUCUGGCAGGCCGUCUACGGCGAGGGCCGCGUCCUCAAGAUCUCCCCCGCCGGCCUGCUCCUCGGCGAGAUCCGCCUCCCCACCCGCAACAUCACCUGCCCCCAGUUCGUCGGCACCGAGCUCUACAUCACGUCCGCGAGCAUGGCCGACGGCGAGGACGGCACCGCUGAAGAGGUCGAGCUCGGCGGCGCCCUGUUCCGCGUCGACGUCGGCGUCCAGGGGCUCGAGCCCUUCUUAUUCAAGCUAACCGAUGUCGAGGAGGAGGAGGCUUGAAAUGGUGAUCGUUGUAGGGAGGCUAUCUCAAGUCACGGGGAAGGAAGCAGGGGGCGGGGGGACAACUAGGGCAAUGGGUCUGCGCAGGAUUUGAAAGGGUAAGUGAGCGAUAGGAGGAAAGCUUUCGUCGUCGAGGGUCAUGUCACACCUUCACAUACA